GGGCGGGUUGGGCAGCCCGCCCCUCGCGACGUCCCUCGGUCCGCCCGACCGACCGCCCGCCUGCCGGGCUGCCAGUCGGGCUUGGGCGAGCGGGCGAGCGGCGGCGGCGGCGGCGAGGAAGGCUCCGUGCGCCGCCGCCUCCUCCUCCUCCUCGUCGUCCUCCUGCUCCUGCCGGCGGGAUGGCGGCGCCGCGGACGGCCAACGGCUCCCUGCCCUGCGGCCCCGGGAACGCCACCGGCACCGCCUGCCAGCCCCCCCGCGGAGCCCCAGACUUGGACAUCACUGUGCGGAUCCUGCUCUACUCGGUCAUCUUCCUGCUGGGCGUCUUUGGGAACGCGCUGGUGAUGGCCGUCCUGGCCCUGAACAAGCGCCUGCGCACCGUCACCAACUCCUUCCUGCUCUCGCUGGCCGUCAGCGACCAGAUGGUGGCGCUCUUCUGCAUCCCCUUCACCUUCAUCCCCAACCUGAUGCAGACCUUCAUCUUCGGCAAGGUCAUCUGCAAGACCGUGGCCUACCUCAUGGGCAUGUCGGUCAGCGUCUCCACCUUCAGCCUGGUGGCCAUCUCCAUCGAACGCUACAACGCCAUCUGCAACCCCCUGCAGUCCCGUGUGUGGCAGACGCGCUCGCACGCCUACCGGGUCAUCGUGGCCACGUGGCUGCUGUCGGCUCUCCUGAUGCUGCCGUAUCCCGUCUACACCUCCACCACCUCCGAGCCCACGCACCCCGGCAUUUACCACUGCCGCCACAACUGGCCCGGGAAUGUCAACCAAGCCUGGUAUGUGCUGCUCUUGGUCACCCUCUUCUUUGUCCCUGGGCUGGUGAUGAUGGUGGCCUACGGGCUGAUCUCGUGGGAGCUCUACCGUGGCAUGCAGUUUGAGGUGGGCCAGACCCAGGAAGCCAAAGCCCAGCAGAAUGGCGGUGCCCAGCCGCUGGCUGCGUGCGACGAUGGCGACGGCUGCUACAUCCAGGUGCCGCGGUCUGCAGGAGGCGCCGUGGAGCUGUCAGUCCUGACCUCGGAUGACCACGCCAAGGAGGAGCAGGCCCGGGUCAACCGCUCGCAGGCCAAGCUGCAGGCCAAGAGGCGCGUCAUCCGCAUGCUCAUCGUGAUCGUGGUCCUCUUCUUCGUCUGCUGGCUGCCCCUCUACGUGGCCAACACGUGGCGGGCCUUCGACCCCAGGGCCGCCCACCGGGCUCUCUCGGGCGCCCCCAUCUCCUUCAUCCACCUGCUGUCCUACACCUCGACCUGCGUCAACCCCUUCAUCUACUGCUUCAUGAACAAGCGCUUCCGCAAAGCCCUGGCUGCCACGUGUACCGGCUGCGUGGCCCCCUGCCGCCACCGGCCCCACCCCCUGGAUGACGAGGUCACGGCCACGGGAGCCUCCCUCUCCAAGUUCAGCUACACCACCGUCAGCAGCAUCGGGCCACCCUGAUCCACGCGGCCCGGCUUCUCUCUGCUCCCCCCUUCCCUGACGUGGGAGGGGGGCAAGGGACACCCUCCAGUCCCCCUCCCCUCCAGGCCUCUGACCAACCCUGUGGGCCCCCCCUUGAGGCUCCUAGGCCCUGCUGUCCGCCCAGGCCAAGAACAGUGGUCCAAAGGAGAGCACCCGACUGGGGGUUACUAGGGAGGGGAUCAGCUCUCAGGUGGCCCCCUGCAUGCUUGUCUGUGUGUGUGGGGGGGGCACUGGGCCUGGGACUGUGUGGGGGGGGAAGGGCAGAGGGCCUUCUGUCUGUCAGGCCUGAAUUGUGGCUCUUUCCAAGGGGAGCAGUGCCCCCUCCCCUCCCUGGCUGCCAGGGUCCCUCUGGGCUGCCUCGGGGAGCUCCGUACCCCAGUCUGUGCUUCAUGGAGACUGUCGUGGUGAGCAGGGGUGGGGGAGGCCCCAGUUUGGGCUGUGGGUGCCCACCCGUCCAGGGCCACCCACUUGGAUAGGGGGGCAGCAGCAGCAGCAACAUUGAACGGCCAAGAGACUGAGAGCCGCGGCUGAGUUCCCUUCUCCUGCCAGUCCUUCCGUGCGCCCGCAGGCCCGUGACGUGGGAUUGAUAAUACCAGCCUACCUUGCAAGUGUGUCAUAAAUAUUGCUCAGAUCAUGUGUGGGGGGGACCCUUCGUGCCCACCUUGUGCUUUUGCUAAGUGGUAGCAUCACUGCCGUCGUCAUCAUCGUCCAGAAGGGAGGGGCCGCCCCUGGCCAGACCCCCUCCGAUGCGCAAUUGGUCUGCGUUCGUUUUCCAUGAAGGACGUGCGCAGCGGGGGGCAAGGCAAGCGGACCCUUUUGGCUGCAGUUUCCCCUGGCAAGUGACCCCUCCGCCCCCACCCCCAACCCCCCCACCCCGCCCCAUGUGUAUUUCAUGUUCUGUGUAUGUCCAAUAAAGUCCUCAGAAUUGAACUGCUUUGU